CUGUGUCUUAUAGCCCUCGCUGCCAGCUGGGAAAAUCCCCGCUGUGACGUCGGCCUGAAAGCAGGAAUUUACGGUGCCGGCCUUCCCCUCCCUUUGUCACAGCCACGUUUCACUUCUCCACUUCUAUUAAUAGUGCAAAUUCAAAAAACGCGACGCGUUGGGCCGUCAGCGCCGGCUUUGCACAACCACGAGCGGGGGAACGCGGCGGUUCCGCCUCAUCCCGCAGCCGCGGGGGAGAUUUGGGGCUGCACGCGGCGAUGUCAGCGCCGUCCCGGCGGAAUGUCCCCAAACGCCGCCUGCGGGGGCGAGCGCGAAGCGGGGCGCAGAACAGCCCCGAGCCCCCAGCCCACCUCCCCACCGCCCGGAGCUCCUCUCGGCAGAGCCCCGCUGUGCGCAGCGCGGCUCGGACGGGUCCUCGGGAACACCGUGGGGUCGUGGAGCGGCGGGGUCGGAGGGGGCCGUAAAAGCCACGCAGUUCCCCUCCCCGCCGCGGGCGGAGCGCUGCCAGCCCGGGGCUCCGGGGCGCCUCCAGGGCCGGGGCCGCACCGCCUCCGGGCGGAGGUUUUCCGCUCACACCCGGCCCGGACCUUUCCCGGCAGCGCACGUUCACGCGCCGGACGCCAUACAAACGUGUAAUUAAUUAAAGGCUGCCGUUAUUAAUUAGUUAAAGGCUGCGCGCUCCGUUCAGAUAAGACAAGGAGGUCUCCGGAAAACGGAACCCCGUGUGGCGUCCGGGGCGGAACGGGGGCGGUGCGGCUGCGCUGCGUGAUGGCGGUGCGGGGCCUCCGUGCGGGGCUCUGGGCGGUGCGGCCACGCGGGACGGGCUGUGCUGCGGGAUUGAGGUCGGACUCGGAGCCCUCCGAGCCCGGCCCCCAACCGGCGGGGCCCGCGACAGCCGCUCUCUACGUGCACUGGCCCUACUGCCGCAAGCACUGCUCCUACUGCAGCUUCAACAAGUACGUGGUGCCGGCUGUGGACGAGGCGGCCGUGCGUGCCUGUCUGGUGCGGGAGACGCAAACCCUGCUGCGCCUCGGCCACGUGCGGAGCGUCACCUCCGUCUUCUUCGGUGGGGGCACCCCCAGCCUGGCUGCCCCGCACACCAUCGCCGCCGUGCUGGAGGCGGCUGCGGAGGUCGCUCAUCUCCCUGCUGGAGCCGAGGUGACGCUGGAGGCCAACCCCGGCUCCGCUGACCCCACACGCCUCUCUGGCUUCAAGGCGGCCGGCGUCAACCGCCUGUCCCUUGGCGUCCAGUCCCUGGAUGACGCUGAGCUGCGGCUGCUGGGCCGGGAGCACACAGCGGCGGAGGCGCGGGCGGCGGUGGAGGCGGCACGGAAGCUCUUUCCCGGACGCACCUCCCUCGACCUCAUCUUCGGGCUGCCGGGGCAGAGCCGCGAGGCCUGGGCACGCAACCUGGAGGCGGCACAGGGGCUGUGUGACGACCACUUGGCCCUGUACCAGCUGACUCUGGAGCGGGGCACGGCGUUGGAGGCCCAGGUGCGGCGGGGGGUCCUGCCGGAGCCCCCCGAGGAGCUGCUGGCCGAUUUGUACCUGAGCGCCCGCGCCACACUGGCGGCCGCUGGCUUCCACCAGUACGAGGUCUCCAAUUUUGCCAGGAAGGUGAGCACCUCCACCCUAUGCCCCCAAGUCCGGCGCAGCCCCUCCUCACCCACCACACCACUGUCCUACAGGGCGCCCGCAGCACCCACAACCUCUCCUACUGGCGGGCCGAGCAGUUCGUGGGCGUGGGGCCGGGGGCACACGGCCGCUUCGUGCCGUGGGGAGAGGGCGGCCGCCUGCGCGAGGCACGCGUGCAGACGCCGCAUCCUGACACGUGGAUGCGGGAGGCUGCAGGAGGUGCUGGCGCUGGGGCUGCGCACGGAUGAAGGCGUCACGCAGCAGCGCUGGGGGUUCUUCUCCCCCCGCCUGAGCUUGGAGGACGCGUUCGGGGCGCCGGGGGAGGCGAGAGAGCUGCAGGAGCGGGGCUGGCUGCGGCUGAACGGGCGGGCGCUGCGCUGCACGCCCGCCGGGCUGCCCCUGCUGGACUCGCUGCUGCCCGCGCUGCUGUGCCAACUGCGGCGCCGCUGGAACGCGGUGGAGGAGGAGGACGGCGGGGGACGGGCAUCGCGCUGAGACCUCGCUGUGGCUGCGGGCGAUGAACGCCGUGAAACGCCGACGUGGGGCCGGGGAAACGGCGGAGCGCGCGGCGCGGCCCGGGUGUCGGCGGCUGGACGGGAUGAUGCUGAAGGUCCUGACCAACAUCGAGCUUCUGCGUGAUUCUGUGUGCGGCGGGGCGCCGGGCGGGUCCGGCAGGCGGCGCUCGCGGCUCACGUGGCGGCACCAUAGAGCGGUGGCGGCACCAUAGAGCGGUGGCGGCACCAUAGAGCGGUGGCGGCA